AGGAACUCAUUUGGUAUUCAUCUCAGGAAAAAGAAUUGACACAAAGUGAAUCAUCAUAUCACAUGUGCCCUAACCAAAGUACUCCAUUGCCGAAGUUAAUUUAUUUUGUUCCGUGUUCUCUUGUCUUCUUCACUUGCAAUCAGUUUGAGAAUCAGAACAAUGAAGUUUCGUUACGCCAUGGUGUGUUCUUCGAACCAGAACCGAAGCAUGGAGGCUCAUUUCCUGCUCAAGAAGCAUGGCUUCGACGUGUCUUCAUACGGCACCGGUGCCCACGUUAAGCUCCCUGGUCCCUCCCUCAGAGAACCCAACGUCUACGACUUCGGAACCCCCUACAAGCACAUGCACGACGACCUCCGCACCAAAAACCCUGAUCUCUACCGGCGAAACGGAAUCUUGCCAAUGCUUAAAAGAAAUUCUUCGGUCAAAUUGGCACCUCAGCGAUGGCAAGAAAAUGCUGCUGAUGGCUCGUUUGAUGUGGUGUUUACAUUUGAAGAAAAAGUGUUUGAUAUGGUUGUUGAAGAUCUCCAUACUAGAGAUCAUGUUUUAAUGAAAACUGUGCUGGUAAUCAACUUGGAGGUAAAAGAUAACCAUGAUGAAGCAGCUGUGGGAGCCAGGCUUACUUUAGAUCUAUGUCAGCAGAUUGAAGCUGCAGAAUCAUGGGAGGAGUCAGUUGAUGACAUUAUUGCUGGUUUUGAGAAACAACAUCGACGGAAGCUUUUGUUUAGUGUUUCCUUCUACUAAAAAGUACCUGUCUCCCAAACAAAAAGUGUUGCACUAAGGGGCACUUAAUACGCUGAAAGUUUUUUCUCUCCUAGAAAUCUGAAGGGAAAAAAAAAAGAAAAAUAGAUUCUUUGGAACUGGGGGUGUUUUUGGUACAAGUUUCUUACCAAAUUGUAUCCAUGGGAGAGCUGAGAAACUGACAUUCUUGACUUUAUGAUUUUUCUGGAUUUAUAAUUCUUAGGAACUAUGAUUUUCAGGCAUGAAAAAGUUUUCCCUCUGCCAAACACUCCCUAAUUGAAUACUCAAUGGUUUGAUGAACCAUUUUUGUAAAUUUGUCAUGUAGAUCUCAUUUCAAAUGAAAACUAAUGUAUUGGCUGUUGUGCACUAAAUGUUGCUUACCUCUUUUAUGUGUUCA